CUUCAUCAACUUUUGUAAAUGAACAUAGACUUGUACCACAGGUAGGUACCUGUGAGUAGAAAACAAAUCCUGCCUACGUGGCUACGUUAACCUCAAGAAUAAUACGUUUGUGGGCAUCAUAGUCCUUAUCAAAGCCUGUCCAUGAGCUUCGUGGCACAAGUUAAAACAAAGCUUAUCUCCAUGCACAUGGCCGGCACACUCUACAAGUCACACAAAUACUAGUACUUCUUUGGAGCUGUUAUAGCAACUUCUAUAUAACCUAAGAAAAACGAUAUGUUCAGUUUACAAGGAAACUGUGUGAACAAGACAAGGGCUAAAGCAGAGCACGUAAUCAUAGAUGUAUGCAUGGUGUAUAAUCUAAAAGAAAAAAGACAACCAAAUCGGCACCAAAGACAAAGGCUAGAGCUAGCUGAGCAGAUCACAAUGGAACUCGAGUGAACCUCUGGCAUGGCACCAAAUGGCUCCCUCUCGGGCGUAACGACGACGAGGCAACAGAGAACAAGAGACAACGAUAUAUAAGGCCAAGAAUGGCGAUGGUGAUACGUACAGCUCUGUCAACCUUCCUCCGACACCAUCAAUGGCGGCCAUCUUGGGAACGGGAGCUCCCGUGCUGCUGGCCGCUGCCUUGGGGGCGGCCUGCGGGCUCCUCUUCUGGCUCCGGGCGUUGAGGCGGCCGGCCGACGACCCGAUGCGUGGCAUCCCGGGGAACAUGGGGUGGCCGGUGGUGGGCGAGACCUUCGCCUUCAUCGCCGCCUUCUCCAACCCGGCCGGCAUCCUGAGCUUCAUGCGCGAGCGGCAGGCGAGGUACGGCAAGGUGUUCAAGACGUACGUGCUGGGGCGGACGACGGUGUUCAUGACGGGGCGGGAGGCGGCCAAGAUCCUGCUGUCCGGCAAGGACGGCGUGGUGAGCCUCAACCUCUUCUACACCGGCAAGCAGGUGCUGGGCCCCACCAGCCUGCUCACCACCAACGGCGACGAGCACCGGCGGCUGCGCCGGCUCAUCGCGCAGCCCCUCUCCGUGGACGCUUUACGGAAGCACUUCGCCUUCAUCGACGGCCUCGCCGUGCAGAUCCUCGGCUCCUGGGCCGGCCGCGGCCGCGUGCUCGUCCUCGACGAGGCCUCCCAGUUCACGCUCAAGGUCAUCGCCAACAUGCUCGUCAGCCUGGAGCCGGAGGGGCCGGAGCAGGAGGAGUUCCGGGCCAACUUCAAGGCCAUCUCCUCCUCCUUCGCGUCGCUGCCGCUCAAGCUCCCCGGCACGGCCUUCCACCGCGGCCUCGGCGGCCGGAACCGGAUGUACGCCAUGCUGGACGCGGUGAUCGCGCGCCGCAGGGCCGGCGAGGUCCGCGAGGACUUCCUCCAGACGCUCCUCAUGAAGCACGCCCGCGGCCAGCAAGGAUCGUCGGACCCGGCGGAGGAGGAGAAGCUGACGGACGCGCAGCUCAAGGACAACAUCCUGACGCUGCUGGUGGCCGGCCACGACACCACCACGGCGGGCCUGACCUGGCUCGUCAAGUUCCUUGGCGAGAACCCGGACGUGCUCGCCAGGCUCAGGGAGGAGCACAUGGGGAUCCGGGCGGCGCACGACGGCGACGACACGCAGCACCUGUGGUGGUCGGACCUGAGCAGCAUGCCGUACACGACCAAGGUGAUGAACGAGACGCUGCGGCGGGCCACCAUCCUGCCGUGGUACUCGCGUAAGGCCGCGCAGGACUUCAGCAUCGACGGCUUCGAGGUGGCCAAGGGCGCGUCGGUGAACCUGGACGUGGUGUCCAUCCACCACGACGCCGCCGUCUUCGCCGACCCCGAGCGCUUCGACCCGGACAGAUUCGACGGGUCGCUGAAGCCGUACAGCUUCCUGGGGUUCGGCAGCGGGCCGCGGAUGUGCCCGGGGAUGAGCCUCGCCAAGCUCGAGAUUUGCGUCUUCGCACACCACCUCGUCUGCACAUACGACUGGAAGGCGCUGGAGGAUGACGCCUCGGUGCAGCCGACGCUGGUGCGCAUGCCCAAGAACAAGUACCCCAUCCUCGCCACCGCGCUCCCCUGAACUCCAUCUCCGGCGAUUUGCGCCGAUGCUGGCUCGCUCUGACCCCAGCUCCGGCGAUGGCGAGGUGGCGGCAUUUGUUUUCGGCAUGUGACAGACCGACACGCACUCUACAGAUGCUGUCAUCGGCAUGGUCAGAUUAUGGUAUUUUGAGGCUACAUGUAUUGUAUGGACCAACUAUAUGCAAACUUUGCUUGUAUUAGCAAGUGAAACCAGCAAUCACUUUUCUUAGUACAACAAUUCCACACACAUAAGGAUGAACAGCUCAUGAAUUUAAACAAGGAAAAACAAAUAAAGUGAACAAAACAUUCUUUAGACGAUUAAAACAUGUCAAACUUGCAAUGCCAU